AAAAAAAAAAAGGUGGUCUUGUUCCUCUUCCUCGCCUCGCGUCCGCUCUCACCACCACCAUCCGCAGCUACCGCCACUACCCCUUCAAAACCCAACCGAAAAAGGCCCGGGGCUGCACCCACCCCCCGCUCCCGUGCCCACUGUUCCGUCCGCCCCAAGCAAGGCACCCACGCAGGCGCGGCGCGAGCACCUCCAGCCCCCCGCAUCCCGAUGCCGCCGUGGCCGGCGCUCGCGGCGGCGUGGGCGCUGCGGGCGGCGGUGUGGGCUUGCCUCGCGGCGUCGGGCAUGCUCGUGGCUGAGGCCGCCUACAUGGGCCUCGCCAGCCUCGUCGCCGUGAAGCUCCUGCGGCGCCGCCCGGAGCAGAGGUACAGGUGGGUGCCCAUGCCCGCGGCCGGGGGCCAGGGCGGCGACGUCGAGGCGGCGGCGGCGGCGGAGUUCCCAAUGGUGCUCGUGCAGAUCCCCAUGUACAACGAGAGGGAGGUGUACAAGCUCUCCAUUGGAGCUGCGUGUGCCCUCACAUGGCCACCAGACCGUAUUAUAAUACAAGUCUUGGAUGAUUCCACUGAUCCGAUUAUUAAGGAACUAGUGGAGCUUGAAUGCCAAGAUUGGGCCAGCAAGAAAAUUAACAUCAAGUAUGAGGUUAGAAAUAACAGAAAAGGAUACAAAGCAGGUGCAUUGAAGAAGGGAAUGGAACAUAUAUACACCCAACAAUGUGACUUCGUUGCUAUCUUUGAUGCGGAUUUCCAACCUGAAUCUGACUUUCUUUUAAAACUAAUACCAUUCCUUGUGCAUAACCCAAAGAUUGCACUUGUUCAAGCACGAUGGGAGUUUGUGAACUACGAUGUUUGCCUGAUGACAAGGAUACAGAAGAUGUCUCUUGACUAUCAUUUCAAAGUUGAGCAGGAAUCGGGGUCAUUUAUGUAUUCGUUCUUUGGUUUCAAUGGUACAGCUGGUGUGUGGCGUGUAUCUGCUAUUAAUCAAUCUGGAGGAUGGAAAGAUCGCACCACUGUAGAAGACAUGGACUUGGCUGUGCGGGCAAGCCUCAAGGGAUGGGAGUUCUUGUAUGUUGGUGAUAUAAGGGUUAAGAGUGAACUCCCAUGUACCUUCAAAGCCUACCGUCAUCAACAGCAUAGGUGGACUUGUGGUGCCGCCAAUCUCUUCAGGAAAAUGGCAUGGGAAAUCAUUACAAACAAGGAGGUGUCAAAAUGGAAAAAACAUCAUCUGUUAUACAGCUUUUUCUUUGUGCGAAGGGUUAUUGCUCCCCUCGUGACAUUCUUGUUUUAUUGUGUUGUCAUCCCAUUGUCUGCCGUGGUUACUGGUGUCAGCAUUCCUGUCUGGGGGCUGGUCUAUAUUCCCACCGCCAUUACAAUUAUGAAUGCCAUCAGAAAUCCUAGGUCUCUCCAUCUCAUGCCCUUCUGGAUUCUGUUCGAGAAUGUCAUGUCCAUGCACCGCAUGCGUGCUGCUCUAACCGGUUUACUUGAGACUUCACGUGCAAAUGAUUGGGUAGUCACUGAGAAGGUAGGAGAUCAAGUGAAGGAUGAGCUCGAUGUCCCACUUCUUGAACCAGUGAAGCCAACUGAAUGCGUUGAGAGGAUUUACAUUCCUGAGCUCUUGCUUGCACUCUACCUUCUAAUAUGCGCCUCCUACGAUUUCGUCCUUGGAAGCCACAAAUACUAUAUUUAUAUCUACCUCCAGGCCUGUGCAUUCAUCGUAAUGGGGUUCGGUCUCGUUGGAACUAAAACUCCAUGUUCAUAGCAGCUGCGAUGAUUUUUACCAUUGCCCAUUUCACAGUUUGCUCCUAUGAAUAUAGCCAUACUUUGUGUGCUAGGUAAGUCAUAUCUGACGAUAUCAUUUUUCAUGAUACUGUGCCAUGCUUUAGUCUAGGAUAGUCUAGAUUCCUAACGAGAAAAUUCCUUAUCUACCGCUGGUAAACUCGGCAUUUUACGAUUUACCAUUGGUAUACCCAUUGUCCCACACAUACCUGUGUUUUCUCAAUAAUUGCCGCCGUGCUAGAUGUAUUUAUGUCUUUACUAGUCCUGUCCCUGAACCGUGAUACUUGGACAUGGAUUUCGGAUUUUGGGAUUCAUAGUUUUACUGGGACAAGUUUGUAUCCUAGCUAGCUGGAUUAGGAACUUUCUGUGUAUGAUUGUCAUGUCUAGACGCCAAGCAAGGAUGUAUGGGACAUAAUGAAAAGAUGGUGAACUAUGAAAUUUGUUCUUGUAUUAAGACAGAGCAACAGCCAUUUUUGUUCUUCUUUGCUCUGUUGUUCAAAUCA